CUGUCAUAUGACAUUCUGAAGUUACCCCAAUAUUUCAAUAAUUUGGUUAUGACGUGUAAACUUGAAUUGAUCAACAAAGAACUCUUUUAUAUACCGGGUUCUCACAUAGAGGGAAAAGUGACUUGUUCGCUGGGAAAGAGACGAGAAAUCGAGUUAAUCGAAGUGAGAUUUUUCGGAAGGGAGUCUGCGAACGUCAAGGUCACACAUGAAGUAUUAUUCAACUCUGAUAGAACUAUAUGCUACACUCAAACAGUUAUGCUGAAAAACUCAACACUAGAUCGUGGUAAACAUGUCUACAACUUCAAGAUUCAAAUACCAAGCCACAUUCCUUCCACUUAUGUAAGUGAGUAUGGAACCAUUAGAUAUGAACUAGAAGGACUUUUGAUCGUCUCUCCAUCGAAACCAGAUAACUCACUUACUUCGAUCAAUAUAUUCGCUCCGAUAGACAUGAAGAGCUUUUCCACCGAACUGCACAAGCCUGCAAGAGUUUCCGAACAGAAGUAUCUACUCGGCAUUUGUGGAAGUGGUGGUCACAUAUCAUCAAUUGUGAAACUGGAAAAGAAGGUUUUCAUGAGUGGUGAAUCCAUCAAAAUGAACGUUACGAUAAAUAAUGCUUCAGCUGUAAGUGUAAGAAGCAUAAAAGCUCGUUUGACACAAUCUUCCUCUUGCAAAUUAGCGGAUGGUGAAUAUGCCAUAAGUAAGGAGAAAUUGGUUAUAAGCAGAAGAUUCAAAGCAAAAGUUGGUAAAAGCGAAGAAAAAGCCUUCGAUAUAGAACUUAGAGUUCCUGAAGAUUACACACUGCCAAACUUGAAGCACAGCAAAUUGUUCAAGGUCAAAUACUGGAUACACGUAUAUAUAAUGUUUCCGACUUUUUGGCACAGACCACUGGAUAUUUGUUUCAAGGUGUAUUUGGGUCAUAUUCCGCUUAAUUUCUGACCAGAACUAUUACUUCUACAGAUGUAUAAGAGAAUGUUAUCGUAGUGUCGUGCUCUCGUGUAGGAAUUCGCGACUUAGCUUGAUAUUCAAGGUGCUUGGCUUGAGCUUGACUUGAAAUCAAUUCAAGUUCAAAUCAAGUAGUAGUUUUUCAAUGUCAAGUAUUUAUUUAUUGAGUACUUUUCUUAACAUCGAAAAACUACGACUUGACUUGAACUUGAGUUAAUUUCAAGUCAAGCUCUAGCUAAGUACCUUGCAUAUCAAAUCAAGCCGUGAAUCCCUACUCGUGGGUAUUCUAGAAAAGAAGCAGGAUCAUUCUAAUAAUUUAUGUAUCUGUCUUCUGUACUAUGUAAUGAUUAUAUAUAAAUUGUGUAUUUACAAUAAAAAUAAUUCUGUCAAUAUUUGCAA